AUGUCGAGUGCUUUCCCUCUUCUCUGCCUUCCAGAGAAUGCAUUGGAACUUGUGAUUGAAUGCAUGGACUAUGUUGACAUUGUCGGAUUCUCACUCGUGUCUCACAAAACGAAGGAAAUUGUCAGAUCGCUCUACUUGGAUAUUGGACGACUCGUUCUGACGGUGAACGACAUUAUCAGAAUUCGAUCGGAUCCUGAUAGAGAUGGUCCGUCAUCGAUGGUAUGGAGUUUCUACCCGGAGGAGGAUAACGCUGGCCCUGUACCAAUUCCAGUUUAUAUGCCGGCACGUGUAACCGGAAUGCGUGAUUUGAUAACUCAUCGAAACUUCGUGGAAUACCAAAAUCCUUGUCUCAGUAUUCAAGAAUGGGUUGAACAUUUCCAGUAUCUAUUCUCAAUCGAAGAAAUUGACUACAUUUCAUUUGCAAAUGAGACAUGCAAAUUUGAUUGGACUUCGUUAAAAUAUGCGCUUGGAAAGUUCAAUAUUAACACGCUCUUUUUCCACAAUUUUUGUGGUUUGGAUUGUGCACAAAAAGCAUUGAAGCAAUUUUCGUCGGUCACUUCUGUGACUGCCUUCAGUCCAAGUUUCAAUGAUCCCAGCCACUACAGUAACAUCCUCAUUCAAAAUUUGGAUACAUUGUCUCUUGGACACGAAAAUAUGGCAUUAAAAAUUGGAUUGGAUGACCUUUUAUUGAUGAAUAGUAAGGCCAUGUCUAUUCAAUCUCCAACUCUUACCGAUAAAAUGUUGAACCAGUUUUUCAAGCAUUGGAUCAAAGGAUCGAACCCGAGAAUGGAUGUUGCACAUUUUGCAUUUGUCAACGAUCAAGUUGUGAAUAAGGAAAUUAUACUGAAAGAUUUGCAUUGUCAAGAAGUUCCAUUGGAUGAUGUCAGGGAUGACGUAGAGGUCACAGAGAAGUAUAAUAUCAUGCGAAAAGGUGGAUCGGUCGGAACGAUUACAAUUCAACAAACUGACGAAGGUUACGAUGUCUUUUUCCAACAAGUUCAGUGA